AGAACCUAAGCGGGACGAGGCGUUACGUGGGGCUACGUGGAGGAGGACUCGCGAUUGGGAAUCAAGUCUCGCGAUUGCUCCUCUUCUUUCUGUACUUUGUGGCUAGCGACAGGCAGCUGUCGGCUUGCUCCUAGGAGAGUCCCUGGGAGUCGCUUGGUCUGAGAUUGGAGUGAGACCCCAGUCUUAGGCUGGGGCUCUUUCCAUAGAGAGGAGACGGAUUCGGAGGGGCUACAGACCAAGAUUGUUGAGAACCAGACGUAUGAUGAACGUCUAGAGAUUAAGGAUUCCGAAGAGGUUGCAAGUAGUUGUACUCCAACCUCAGGAAACCAAGGGUUUCCUCAUUCUGCCCAUCCUCCUAACACCACCAUGGCCGAUAACAGCAGUGAUGAGUAUGAAGAGGAAAAUAACAAGGUCCUAAGGGAGGGCAUGCCACAGGCUCCAGGCCACAGAGUUAAAGACAUGGACCCCAUCCCAACUGCCUCUGCAAGUCCCAAGUGCCACCAGAUCCCUUCUCAUGGACUUGACAGGGUGGGAUGGUACAGAGACAGCCAGAAGCUCAGAAAGGAGAAGAAGAAGGUCUCACAGCUGACACCUCAGCGGGGCUUCAGUGAAAAUGAGGAUGAUGAUGAUGAUGAAGAUGACUCAUCAGAAACAGAUUCUGAUGAAGAUGAUGAUGAUGAAGAGCAUAUAACGCCUCUGGAAGGGGCUUAUGAUCCUGCAGAUUAUGAGCAUUUGCCCGUUUCUGCUGAGAUUAAGGAACUCUUCCAGUACAUCAGUAGGUACACGCCUCAGUUGAUCGACCUGGACCACAAACUGAAACCUUUCAUUCCUGAUUUUAUCCCAGCUGUUGGAGAUAUUGAUGCAUUCUUAAAGGUUCCACGCCCGGAUGGAAAGCCUGACAACCUUGGCCUGUUGGUACUGGAUGAGCCAUCUAUGAAGCAGUCGGACCCGACGGUGCUGUCGCUCUGGUUAACAGAGAAUUCUAAGCAGCACAAUAUCAUACAACAUAUGAAAGUAAAGAGCUUGGAAAAUGCGGAAAAGAAUCCCAAAGCCAUCGACACCUGGAUUGAAAGCAUCUCCGAGCUACACCGGUCCAAGCCCCCAGCAACAGUGCACUAUACCCGGCCUAUGCCUGACAUUGACACCCUGAUGCAGGAGUGGUCCCCAGACUUUGAAGAACUUUUGGGCAAGGUGAGCCUGCCCACAGCUGAGAUCGACUGCAGCCUGGCUGAGUACAUAGACAUGAUCUGUGCCAUCCUAGACAUCCCUGUUUACAAGAGUCGGAUCCAGUCUCUCCACCUGCUGUUCUCCCUGUACUCAGAAUUCAAGAACUCCCAGCAUUUUAAAGCUCUGGCUGAAGGCAAGAAAGUAUUCACCCCUCCAUCCAACUCCACCUCCCAAGCUGGAGAUGUAGAGACGCUAACCCUCAGCUAAGCCUUCCCGGGCUCAGCUUCAAGCAGGGGCAGAGAGAUCCUUGUCAGCCUCCUGGCGCCUGCUGUUCCGCACCUGGGCCCGGCCGUACCUCUUCCUGUCUCAGAGCACAACGUUUCUGAACUGCUGACUCCGCCUGUCUCCGACUGCCUUCCCCCAGGAGUUGCUCACCCAUUCCUCCGUCAGAACAAGGACCAGAUUGCUGAGACCCGCAGAGCAUGGGUCAGAAGGAAAGAUGCUUUCUUAGGGAUAUAGAGUUAUUUUGUUUCACUCCUGAAGUUUGUUAGCAACUGUUUUACAAAUAAAAAUGCUCUGUCGGGUUGUGAUGGCA